GGGUAAAAUUCCUGCUAUGGAGUACCUGAGGCUGGGUAAAUUUUUGUGAAUAUUUAAUCAGAGGCUUUGGGGGGGUAUAAAAUCUCAGGAUAACCACGAAGUCUUCUUCCCAGCCUUCAAGCAGCUAAAAUUUAAAAUCUCCAGAAACACAGAUCUCCCCACCCUUAAGGAAAAGGUGUGUGUGUGUCUGUGUGUGUGUGUUACAUUUAAAGGCCUGCAUAGAUACGAUCAUCACUAUCUGAUAAGUUUAAAAAUUCUCGUAGGAAGAAUGACACGAUUUUCCUUGUCACAAGGUGGGCCUGGGGGAUCCCAGCCACCUGCAGUGACGCAAAGUUAUGGAAAGCAGCCAAGAAAUCUGGGACUCAGGGAGAAGCGUCCCAGUCGGUUCUAUGGAAACGAGAGACGCGGGUGGCCUAGCACAUUCCUGGCAGGGGAUCGAGCUAUGGAGCUGCGCAAACAGGAGGCGAAGCAGAGAAAAGGCUCAGCCCAGCACUGCAGGGAGGGGCUCAGUGCCCGUCCUCCCGCGGCAAGGCGGAGCCGAGUCUGCAACUGUAGCCCAACAACGCAGGCACUUCGCAACGAGUCGGGUGAGUGAGAAGGAACAGCGGCUGCGGAAAGCGUGAGAGGUAGGCACCCCCACCGCCGCUCACCCCAGCCCUUUCCCAGCCUCACAGCCGGGAGCGGCAAGAAACUUUGGAGGCACGGAGGAAACAUCCCCACAGUCAAGGUGUGUUUGUGUAUUUUGGAAAAAAACUGCUGAAGAUGCUAAAGAAAGGGCAGCUCUUUUACUGACAAAUUGGAAGGAAAUAAUUUUCCACCUCCUUAGGAUUACAAGACCAGCUCAGUCUUCUAGUCUUCCUAAACAAAACAAGAAUGGAUUGGGGAGAUGAAUAUUCCCAUAAUUCUUUUGACCUACAUUGUUUGUUAAAUUCAUUUCCUGGAGACUUGGAGUUUAAGCAGAUCUUCAGUGACAUUGAUGAAAAGAUAGAACAAAAUGCUACAAGCAUAGAACAUUGCAUUAAAGAAAUACAGUCUGAAGCUAACAAACAAUGUCCAGAUGUGCAGCUGCAAACAACAACUGACUGUUUUCAAUGGCUAAAUAACUAUAAUUACACUUCAUCCAAGUCACCUUCUAUUCCCCAUGGAGAUUUGAUAAAAUUUCUCAAAACACUGCAAGAUUUCUUGAAGAAUGAACAAAAUCAAGAAGAAAUGAUAUUGGAUUUACUUUGGGACCUCUCCUGCCAGAGCUGCAUUUCAUUUCCAUCAACUCUAAGUGGAACAUCUUUCCAUUUCCUCUCGAGGACUUCUCUUCAUUCUGUCGAAGAUCAUUCCUCCAUGGAUGUAAAGACUAUAUGGGAUGAUAUAAGACUACAUCUUCGACGCUUCUUAGUGAGCAAAUUACAAAGCCAUAAUGAAAUAAACAAUUCACGGCAAAAAAUUUUGUUGAAAAAUCAGUGCAUACAACAACUCUUGUUUCUUUAUUCAGAAUCAGAAGUUAUAAUCAAGUAUCAAAAUAUACAGAAUAAACUGUUGGCUAAACUUCUGCAGAACUGCUUUCCUUCUUACAGAAGAGAAUCAAAUUUAGACAUGCUGGUUCAUGAAUACCAAAGUGCAAUGCUUAAGUUAGACUCAAUGAUAAAAGAGGAUUUUAACACACUGCAUGAAAUUUUACCUCCAUCCUCAGCAGUGAAAUUCAUUAAAGAAACUUACCUGGAUACUGUUACAGAAGAAAUGGCAAAAUUUCUUGCAAAUUUUUGUGCGCUGCCGUUCAAAGAAAGUGCUGUCCGAGUGAUUAAAACAAGCAAGAGCUCCAGCAGGCAUAGAGGAGCAGUGCAUGCUUUGGAAGCUGUAUCACAUCAAAGAACAGAGCUGCAUCAGCCAAUUUUAGGUUAUGGCAGAACACAAAUUACACCUGAAUGCCCACAGAAAGGAAGAAACUUUUUCCUCUCCUUAGAUGAUCUCAAAUUCUUAUCACAGCUCACAAAAUCCUUUCUGGAACUGGAAAAAAAUGUUCAAGACUUGUUAGAAGAGAUGGUUUUAUCACUUAGGAUACCCAGGAAUACUUCAGGAAUUUUGGACAUAUCCAAUACAGAAGCUGUAAUAGAGAAACCCAAAGGAAAUGAAAUCAGUAAUCCUUCAGAGCAAUUGCUACCGGUAAAAGAGGCUACUUUCCUAGAUUUUGGCUGGAGAAGUGCAUUUAAAGAAAUAUCUCUUCCCAUGGCACAUUGUAUAACAACAGCAAUUGAAGAUUUUUCUCUAAAAAUUCUCCAGCAGGAACAGAAUGAAAGGUCUUCAGCUGUGACCUAUGCUAUGAACUUUGUAAAUGUCCAACAAGUUUGGCGAGAUAGCCGUGUAGUUCCUGAGGAGGACCAACCAAAGAAAAUUGCAAAGUUUUGUUCUGACAUCAUGGAAAAACUUGACACAAUGCUUCCACUGGCUCUGGCAUGCAGAGAUGAUUCUUUUCAGGAAAUUAGAGCAAACUUUGUGGAGGCCUGUUGUAAAGUGGCAACAGCUGUCCUGGAGAGACUGCAAGAGAGAGGCAAGGAGGUUCCUUGCAAAGCACCCCUGAAAAACUUGCACAUACUGCUCUCCACGGCAGUGUGUGUCUUCCAGCAUUUUACUCAAUAUGAUAAUUUGAUGGAAGAAAAUACUAAGAAACCCAUAUUCCUGGUGCCUGUCCAAAGAUAUCAGGAAUUCAUCAACACUCUACAGUUUCAGGUUACGGACUACUGCGUCAGAGUUUGUGCUACAAGCAUUUUACAGGAUGCUGAGAGCCACCACUGGGAUGACUACAAAGCUUUUUAUGAGGGGGAAAGAUGCUCCUUCUCACUCCAGAUGUGGCAUUAUUUCUUCUGGGCUCUUCAUCAUGAUCUCUGGACCAUUCUGCCCCCUAAGUUAGCCCAGGAGAUUUUAGCAGAAGUUCUGGAGAAAUCUUUGGGUCUACUGGCCUCCAGAUAUGCUCGGGCCCAUCCAAGUUAUAAGAGAACUCCACAGAUAAGACUUGAUGUCACCACAAUUUUAAUAUGCACUGAGAACAUGUUAUGGUCAGUUUGUACAUCUGUAAAGAAACUUUUAAAUCCUCAUGAGUACAUAGAUGACAAAAUUUUUAAAAUUCAUACCCAUUGUAAUAAUCUGUUUACAACAUUAGUCAUUUUGACUUCACCAUUAACUGAAUUAUAUCAGACUUUUCAGCAUGGCAUGGAUGAUUCUCCUUCAGAUUCCUUAAAACCAUUUUUCAAGCAACCAUUACAUUGGCUUUCUUGCAUAUCACAUUUUUACCCUUCUAUACUCAGGACUCCAUCAGCUGGACGACUGACAACCGAGGGUCAAUUGAAACUGCUCUUAUCCCAGCCAGGUUGUAAUUGGAACCUGCUUCUGGAAACCCUACUGCAUUGUGAUGGUUUUUUACUGAGAGUCUUGCUAAAGAGCUCAAAACACACUUUUCAAGAACAGUGUUCUGAUACAGAAAAUAAUCUGAACCAAGUAUCCAGCUUGAUGGAAGCCAUCUUUAAAGUAUUAUACUAUUGUACUUUUUCUCCACAAACAUUUGGAAAUGUUUUUGUGAGCUACAUGGAAGAAGAACAAUUAUGGGACUUUUUAUGUAACAUUCCAGUCUCAACAUGUAUGGAGUCUGAGCUAGAGUUCAUCCGAAGCUUGAGACUGGCAUUGACCGACGCUGUCAAGGACAUUGUACAGGAGAUAAUAUCUGUGAUGAAUUCUGGAAGAAACUGUGAGACAAACCUAAAUAAGCACAUUGUUCCUGAACAUUUGCUUGAGAGCAUUCCAAAAGAAUGGAAUUAUAUUCCAAAAGAAACCAAAAAGAAAGAAUCAAGCAAAGGCUUCACAAGGCUUGCUGCUCAGGCAGUAUCUAUUGUAAUCAGCAAGUUACCUACGGUGAUUGCAUGUUUGCCUCCCCCAAUUAAAUACUUCUUUUUUCUGUCUGAGAGAAAAAUGUCAAAAAACUUUGUUGACUUGAAGAAAGCUAGCCUGCUUGUCUGGAACUUGAUUGUAAUUAUAUGUCGGAUAUUUGAGGAUGGAAACACUGUGGAACUUUUAACAGGUGCCUCCCUUGACAGAUGGAGUAAAGAGAAACUUGGUUUAAUCUGUGAGUGUUUGGAAAGCAUCAUGGGAGAGCAGACAAGUAGCCCUAAUCAAAUGACCCAAAAGGUCAUACAGAGCAUUGAGCAGCAGAGACCCAACUGGAUUGAAUGCCAAUUACUGAAAGCAAGGAAAUUGAGCACUGAAUGUACGUUUAUGGCAAUACAGAAAAGCACAGCCUUAGAAGAAGGAGAUAUUGCUCUUGAACUGACUGAGCAGAAAAUAAACAUGAUGGUCCUGGAUAUCUGCCACAGACCAGGUGGCAGCGAGUACCUGAGGCAAAUUUAUCACAUCAUGCGGCUCAAUGAGGAAUAUUUAAAAGAACAGCUGUUUUCCAUGAAUGGUUCAGAGGAAAAGCCAUUAUCCAUCCAACCUUUAAAAACAACCUUGAGGAGUGUGGAGGAUCAGCCUUCUGCCUUUAACCCUUUUCAUGUGUACAGGGCGUUUAGUGAAAACAUGCUAGAUCGGUCAGCCAUCACAAAAUGGAACUGGAAUUGGUCAAACUUGCUGCCAAAUUAUCUGGGACUGGAUAAAACGACCUUCAGUGUGCUGCUCAAAAACAGGUGGGAAAUGAGGAAGGAUGAAAGACUAGAAGAGGAAGAAAAAGCAAUGUUGGAACAUUUAAAACGAAUUUGCAACAUCCAGAACUCUUCUGCCUCAGAUAACACAGAGGAAGAUUAAUCUUCAGAAAACAGCUACAGUUUUAUUUUAGGAAAUAAUCACAUAUAAUGGAGUAGGAUUUUUACUACAGUCAAGAUGAACCUCAGAUGUGCUGUGAAGCAUGAAACCAAUGACUAAUCUCUGAACCGAAAAGGAAUAAAGAACAUAAAGAAUAAAGUGCUACAUUUUUUUUAUUUUAAAAAUAAUUUCAAAUGUUUUUCUUUCCUCAGUCUUUCUCUUUAUGUGAUAUAACUGCUGCCAUCUCGUGUUCCCUUUGAAUUAUUUUUCCUCUUUCAGUCCUGAAGUAUCUAUGACAACAGGCAAAAUGUUUGGAAAUCUUUUCCCUAAGGAUUUUAAAUACAUCUGGAUGUUAAGUUGAAUGGAGUCACAUAUUGCCCUGAGGAUCAUCUGAAAAUUUCAGUCUAAUUUUGUAGCUGUAGCCCAAGUCCAGGCCUUAAUUGCCUCCCAUAGCCUCUUCCUCAUCCAAUUUAUCUUAACCAUAGCUACAGAAAGCACUCUCCUGAAGUAUAACUUUACUCAUAUCCCUGCAUAUAAUGGUAUUUUAAACAUCAGUCUGAAACUUCUAAUCAUAUACUUUCAGAUUCUAUAUCCCCAAUGGCUCCAUAUUCAGGCAACUGCCUGCCAUCCUCUUAGCUCAAGGCACAUGCUUGCCAUUUUCCCCAACCAGAGACCAUCUUUCUCGCAAAAUUAUGUUCAAAACUCACUCCAGUGAUCUCUGCUCUACAGCUCAUUAUCCAUAGUUUCUGUUACUUCUCUUAUUUCAAUUACAUUGAUAUACACACUAAGGAAAUGAGACGUGUUCUAGCACCCUCUCUGCCAAGUGAAGUUAUAUUUACUAUAUCCUUCUUAACAGCACCGAUAUCAGAUUAUAGACUUUAAAGGCCUUAAAAUAUAAAGUGAAGUCUCCUUCUAUAAUAAUAGUCUCCCCAAAUAACUACUACAAAGUUAGCCAUCUACUCAGCAGUUAAUUAACACAGCUGUUUGAAUGGCUGUCAUUAAAAGAUGAUGACAAAGACAUUUAGACUGUUGAGCAAUCUAUAGGACAUCUGGACAAAGCCUUAUACCAUGAACUAUUUUAGAGCAUAUGACACUGAAUAUCAUGGUUUCUGAUGUUCUCAGAUUGUCAUGUUUCCAUAUUCCAUUUUUAUAAAAUAUGUGUAGGCUAUAUGAUUUCCAAAGAAAGUAUUUAAGUAUUUUUUAAAGAGUGAAAGCUUAAAAUGCUUGCAUUAUUUCUUUACAUAAAAACACAUAAAUGGCUAUGUAGCCAGCUGCCUGCCCGAUAAUACAUUUUAUUUUUAAAGAAUGUACUUUAGUUGGCUAGUAUAAUAAUGAACCAAACUUUUUAAGACAUGGUUGAAAUAAUUCUAAAAAUUCAAUGCAGACCAUUUAAAAAUUAUAAGAAACUUUUAUGAGAAUUGGACUUUCCAUCUAAUCUUACCCAUAAACAGUUACUGUAACAAUCAACAUAAAGCAACAGUUGACUUUAUUCUUUCAGCUUAGUAAUAGUCUAUAUAUUAAAUCUGCAUAACUAUUUUUUAUUAGAAUAGAAACUAAAAGUCAAAAUAAAUAGAUCCUAUAAAUUAAAUGAAAUCAUUUAUAAAGUUAUAGUAUUUUACAUUUGAGUUCUUUUAUCUUCUAAUAUACCUAAACAUCAUCUUUUAACACUAUUUUUUUUACUGAAUCUAUAUAUUUCUAUAGUAAUCUUGAGAAGUGAUUUAGUCCCUCUAGAAAAAGUUUCUCUAUGACUCCAUUCUGAAAGAAGUAUAGUAAAGGGUGAAUGGGAUGAGUUGGAAGGAGAGGAAAGUAGAGAAGAGAUAAGAGUUGGCAUUUGAAUUCUUUUCUAUACUUGCUCAGUGAAAUUACUGUAGCAAUAAGUGCAAUAAAAUUUAUAAUUAGGAAUGUUAAAUGACUAGUCAUUGAUUAUCAGAUCAUUUUGAUGUUAUACUUGCUAUGUUUCUUAAAGUAUAAAAAGUGAUAAUUCAAAACAGUUUCCUUUCUUAUAAUUAUUUUGCAUUUGUAUACAUUAACAACAAGAAUGAACACUUUACAACUCCAUAUGCAUACUGCAAAAAUAUUAUCUUUCUAUAAAAUAUUAUAUUCCUCGG